CUCUUAACAGGUAUCAGUUAUCACAAUGAAAUCCUCUCUUACCUUAAAAAUGUUCCAUCCAACUCUAAUACUUUGUUGCCUUUUACUAUCUUUCUCCUACGUUUCUCCUGCAAAUGGCAGUAACCAAGUCCAGUGUAUUGACUAUGAGAGAGAAGCACUGUUAAAAUUUAAACAGGGCUUUCAAGUUGACAACUGUGGCCUGUUGUGAUGUCUUCAUGGGGAGACCAUGACGAUGAUAAUCGAAACUGCUGUCAGUGGAAUGGAGUCCGUUGCGACAACCAAACUGGUCAUGUUGUUAAGCUCAACCUUCCAGGAGUUGAUACUGAUGUCUAUGAAAAGAGAUGUCUAGUAGGUAAGCUUAAUUCAUCCCUUGUUAAUUUGAAGCAUUUGAGUUACUUGGACCUGAGCUAUAAUUAUUUUCAACAACAACCCAUCCCCAAUUUUAUUGGUUCCUUCCGAAGCUUGAAGCACCUUAAUCUUUCCUACGCUGGAUUUUAUGGAGAAAUUCCUCCCCAGAUUGGAAAUCUUUCUAGCUUAAUUUCUCUUGAUCUUCGUUUCGAGUCUUUCGAAUAUUAUUCUGGCACUGGCUCACAAGCCUUGUCGUGGCUAUCACAUUUAACUUUGCUGAGAUACUUCAAGUUGAGUUCUUAUAAUCUCAGUGAAGUAACAGAGUGGCCCCAAAUCAUCAACAACCUCCCAUUUCUACGGGUCCUGACUCUGGAUGAUUGUGAACUUGAGCCAUCUCUACCAUUGCCACUUUCAUUCAAAAAUUCCUCAACCACUCUUUCUAGUCUAAGUCUUGUUGAAAAUCACCUGGAUGAUUCUUUCAUAUUCCCGUGGUUGUUCAAUUUUAGUGGAAUGACAAGCACCUUACAUAUCUUGAUCUCUCUAAUAAGUAAUAAUCAAAUCAAUGGGCCCCUUCCAACUGCACUUGGAAAUUUGAGUGCUCUUUCAUUUCUUAGUCUUUCUGCUAACAACUUGCAAGGUACGAUUCCUAGUUUUAUCGAGAACAUGCAGUCUCUGUCACAUCUUAAUCUUGCCGCUAACAACUUCCAAGGUAGGAUUCCUAGUUUUAUCGGGAACUUGCAGUCCCUUUCAUAUCUUGAACUCUGGGUAAAUAAAUUUGAGGGUCCGAUUCCUGAUACACUUGGAAGCAUUAAAACUCUUACAUAUCUUAACCUCGCAUUGAAUAAUUUCCAGUCGAUACCAAAAACCCUAGGAAAAUACUUGUGUACCUUACAAGAAUUCUACUUCUCCAACAAUAACCUCACCGAUGAGCUCCCUAAUAUAAUCCAAACAUUAUCGGGGUGUGCAUCCAAGUCAUUGUUGUCCUUAGGUCUAAGCAGAAAUAAUAUAUGGGGUUCAGUUCCGGAUACAAUCAACACCUUUUCUUCAUUGAGAUAUUUAGAUCUUAGCUGGAACCAGCUGAAUGGAACGGUCAGUCCAAAUCUAGGGCAACUUUCUAUGCUGGACAGUUUAUAUCUUACUAAUAAUUCUUUGAAAGGUACUCUCUCUGAUAUCCACUUCUCUAAUCUUUCAAGAUUGAAUUACUUGGACUUGUCAUACAACACAGAAUUAGCGUUCACUUUUGAUUCCGAUUGGGUCCCUGCAUUUCAGCUCGAGAGUAUCGGGUUAAGAUCUUGCAAUUUAGGGCCAUCAUUUCCAAAAUGGCUUGUGAGCCAAACAAAUUAUGAAUAUCUUGAUAUCUCUAAUGCUGGAAUUUCAGACAGUAUUCCUGAAUCUUUUUAUAGCUCAUUGCCCUCAAAAUUAAGCAGUUUAAAUAUGUCCUAUAAUAAGAUUUCUGGGAGACUUAACAGUUUGCAAAUACCAAUAACUAGUGACGAGUCUCACAUAGAUAUGAGUCAUAACAAUAUUGAAGGUGCAAUACCAUCAUUUCCAGCAAACCUUACUUCACUACUCCUGAAUAAUAACAGGUUUACGGACCCUCGACCUUUCUUGUGUCUAGAAGACAAAUCAUACCUCUCCAAGCUUGACCUUUCGAACAACUUAUUGUCUGGUAAACUUCCAGAUUGUUGGAUGAAUUUUGAUCAAUUAAUAAUUUUGUACUUGGAUAAUAAUAACUUUUCUGGUGAUAUACCGGCUUCUGUUGGUUACUUGAAGCGACUUCAGGAGUUACACUUACGCCAUAACAAUUUCUCAGAAGAAUUUCCAAGAUCGUUGGAGGAUUGCACAUCCCUAGUUCUUCUUGAUCUUUCUUAUAACUCAUUGAAUGGGCAUAUACAGUCAGAUAUUGGAAGUAAGUUCAACAAUCUCAGCUUUUUGAGCUUACGAAGCAAUAAUUUUGUUGGAGAAAUACCUUUAAGCCUGUGUGAAAUGUCCUUUCUCCAAAUCUUGGAUCUUGCAAUGAAUCAAAUUACUGGCCUCAUUCCAAAAUGCAUUCAUAAUCUCACCGCAAUGCAAAAUGCGACGGAUUUAAUGCCAGAAAUGCAAUAUAGGGAACCGAUUCCGAUUUCCGAUACCUUGAAUUAUUACGAAGACUUUAGUGCAACAAUUUUAUGGAAAUCAAAAGAGAGAAGCUUUUUGAGAUAUUUAAGACUAAUCAAAUAUAUUGAUCUUUCAAACAAUAAGCUGAAAGGAGAUAUUCCCUCAGAAAUUGCAAUCCUUGACGGUCUCAUCUCCUUGAACUUAUCAAGAAACAAUUUGGCUGGAAGUAUCACACCAAGAAUUGGAGAAUUGACAUCUUUAGAAGUUCUAGAUUUGUCAAACAACCACAUAUCAGGUGAGAUCCCUACUAGCCUAGCUAAUUUGAAUUCUCUCAGCAUCUUAGAUUUGUCAAACAAUAACUUCUCAGGAGAAAUACCAAAGGGUACUCAACUUCAAGGGUUCAAUGCUUCAUCAUAUAUAGAUAAUCCCGAACUUUGCGGACCUCCACUUGGAAAUUGUUCCUCGAAUCAACCUCCCUACAACACUGCAAGUGGAGGUGAUAUUACUCCUGAAGAAGAAAAUGACAACAAAGUUUUUCUUUACGGGUUGUGCAUAAGUAUGGUGCUCGGAUUUGUUAUAGGAUUCUGGGGAGUUUGUGGAACUUUAGUGCUCAAAAGAUCGUGGAGACAUGCCUUUUUCCAGUUCUUUGAUGACAUGCAAGAUAGGGUCUAUGGAUGGUAUUUGUUUACACGGCUCAAAUUCAGAAGAGGUUUUGAAGCGUGUUACUGAUUCCUUCCUCAAACUAGAGUACCAUUGUAAUACUAUUUUUAAUACUCCAUGCUAUAUGCAUGAAUGUAAUAUGACAAAAUUGCA